UAACUCAUACUGAUUAAAUAGUACUAUUUUAGCCUUGUUAUGAGAAACCGGUCUCAAUUAGAUAAACUAGAUUCAAAUUGUGAACGAAUUUUUCAAGGUUAAGUAGUCAACAUUUGACAAUAUACGGACUUUCGUAGUUCAAAGGUUAAUAUCCAUGUUUAAGUGUCUCAUGGGUGUCUUAAGAAUUCAAAUACGUAAUUACUAUACGAAUGACUAUUAAAUAAAACGAUUUGGUUGUCUUACUAACUAGAAUGUUUGUUUUCGGUAUUAAAAAACUUCGGAUGACGUUUUUGUAUUCAUGUAUAUUUAUCUACUAAAACUGUUAGAUAACUAACAAUAAACGUAAUGGACGCAAUGGAAAUCAACAGACUAAGUAAACCAAAACUAAAGAAGCUUGGUAACUUUUGGUUUCUUGACACCGAGGGCAAACUGAAGCGCCUGAAUUGCCUAAACAAUGCUCAAAAUGUGUACAUGGAGGAGAACGUUAUUUUCGCGGAUGAUUCUGUUUUCCAAGUUGACAUAAGUAGUAAUAAAACGGUAAAGAUCACGAAGGUAGAAGAGGUGUUUGACUGUACAAAUGAUGAUGAUAAUCAUUUUACACAAACAAAUGAAAAUGAUGCUGAAAAUUCUGAAGUAUGUGUAACCACUGGAACUAUUCACAUUGAAAGUGCAGCGCAUAAAGGAACUGUUGAAUGCCUAGAUGACAAUGUUGUAAACGACUUGACAAUUUCUGAUGUGUUCGUCGAGAGAAGUCAGAAUGCUUGUAAAAAUACAGAAGGAUCUGUUGAUUGUCAAAAUGACAAUGUUAAAAAUGACUGUGAGCCCAUUGAGUACGCCCGAGAUGCUCUUAUAUUUACACCUAAAGAAGACAAUCCCGAUAGGGGCGAAAUACUUGAAAUUGACAAAGAAGAGUAUGUACCUGAUGAAGGAUCUGUUGAAUGCCCAAAUGACAAUGUUGUAAAUGACUUGGAUGAAACAGUUUCGGAUAGGUCACAGGAGACCGGUCAGGAUGCUUGUAUAUUUAAAAGUAAAGAAGGAUUUGUUGAAUUCCCAAAUGACACUGUUGCACAUGACUGGGAUGAAACAGUUUCGGGUAGGUCACAGGAGAGCGGUCAGGAUGCUUGUAUACUUAAAAGUAAAGAAGAAUCUGUUGAAUGCCCAAAUGACACUGUUGCACAUGACUGGGAUGAAACAGUUUUGGGUAGGUCACAGGAGAGCGGUCAGGAUGCUUGUAUACUUAAAAGUAAAGAAGGACCUGUUGAAUGUCUAAAUGACAAUUUUGUAACUGAUCGGAAUGAAACAGUUUCGGAUGGGUCAGCCGAGAGCGGUCAGGAUGCUUGUAUAUCUAAUAGUAACGAAGGGACUGUUGAAUGUCUAAAUGACAAUUUUGUAAAUGACUCGAAUGAAACAGUUUCGGAUGGGUCAGCCGAGAGCGGUCAGGAUGCUUGUAUAUCUAAUAGUAACGAAGGAUCUGUUGAAUGCCCGAAUGGCACUGUUGCACAUGACUGGGAUGAAACAGUUUCGGGUAGGUCACAGGAGAGCGGUCAGGAUGCUUGUAUACUUAAAAGUAAAGAAGGACCUGUUGAAUGUCUAAAUGACAAUUUUGUAACUGAUCGGAAUGAAACAGUUUCGGAUGGGUCAGCUGAGAGCGGUCAGGAUGCUUGUAUAUCUAAUAGUAACGAAGGACCUGUUGAAUGUCCAAAUGCUUUAGAUCACUGGAAUGAUAUAGUUUGGAAAGAGCCCCUAGAGAAAGAAAAUAUUGUUGGAAGUGCCGAAUCAAGCGAUGUUGAUUCUCACGACACGGACAUAGAUGUGGAUCUUGAAAUGGGUCAACAGGAGUAUAUUUCGGAAGAAGAAGAUUCGGAUGUGGACAAACAGCUUGAAAGAGGUCACGAAGAUGUUUUACUCGACGAAGAGCAACAGUACAACCCCAAUAUGGACGAAAUACUUGGAAUGGGCAAUGAAGAGUAUGUACCUGAUAAAGAAAAACAAGACGUAGAGGAGCUAUUUGAAAUGGGACAUGAAGAAUAUUCGUCCAGUGAAGAUUCUUCAGAUGCAGAUGAGAGGCCUAAACCGGACAAUGUAAACGGUUCUCCUCUGAAAGGUGUAUCGGAAGUUGUCACGAUGAAGGCUCUGUUUGACUUUGAAGCUAUGUUUGAGGAUGAAAUCAGCUUCCGACAAGGAGACAAGUUAGAUGUUGACAAGAACUUACUAGACCAAGCUUCGUUUUGGUUUAAUGCCCUCCACCAGACUUCAGGGAAGAAAGGGUAUAUUCCAAGAAGUUAUGUGACGAAAGAUGACGGCCCUUUACAAAUUCAUGAAGACAAAGAUGAAAAACUGCUUCAUGAUCCCUCCACCCCAACUGGUAGCUAUCUUAUUAGGAGAGCAAAAGACGAUGCAUUGUUCAUAUUAUCUGUCAAAUUAGAGAAGGAAACAAACAGUGAACCAGUGAAACAUUAUAAAAUAAGAUAUUCGGAAAACAAGGGGUACUACAUAAGUGCAAGGCGAUAUUUUGAUACUCUGCCUGACCUUAUCCGUCAUUACAGUUGUGUCUCUAAUGGCUUAUGUUGUAAAUUGGAAAAUCCUUGUUUGGUAAACCCACCAGCGCUACCGAUUUCAUGGUUAAUUGGGCCCAGGUUGUAUGAAGUAACAAAGGAAUCAGUAGAAUUAAUCACGAAAGUUAACCAGAAUGUUUCAAACCCCUUUUUUGGAGAACAUUGCCUAGGUACAUUUGGUAAUGAGUUUGUUGGUGUUAAAACACUGGAUGAUGAAAAAACUCCAGUAAAGGAUUUCCUGACUGAGGCUCUUGUUUUAAAAGACUUGCGACAUGAUAAACUGGUUCGGUUGAUAGCUCUAUGUACACAGUCGCCGCCAUUUUGGAUAAUUACUGACACACUGACAAAAGGGGGUUUGCUUACAUAUUUGCGUCAAGACUUGGGGACGGGUUUGAACUUCGACAACCUCCUGUAUAUCGCUAGUCAGCUUGAGCUCACGUUUUUCUUUUACCAGAACACUAAAAUAUGGAACCUAAUUAGAUGA